AUGGCUGUGGAUUCCAUGACGGCUCCAGCGAAUGCUGCUGCGGCUCCGGUCACUCGUGGCGGAAACAGCAACAGCAGCAACAGCAACAACAGCAGCAACAACAGCAGCAACAACAGCAGCGGGGUGCUGCUCGCAGAAGCGGAGAUCAUGCGCUGCACGGCCAGUGGGGUCCCGGAGGGAGAAUUGCUAGUCACGAUGACGCACCUUGGCCAUCUGCUGCAAGCGGGGGAUUUUGCUGCCGGCUUUGACUUGCAUCGCAUAAAUCUCUCCGGCUUCGCGGAUUCGUGCGUCGAGCACAAUCUUCACUGGCCACAGGCAAACAGUGGCAACACCAGUGGUAGGGGAGGGCCCCAGCAGGAGGUGGGCCUUGCCACUGCCCCGUGGCCGGUGAUGCUCGUGAAGAAGCAUUUUCCGAAUAGGAAGUCGAACCGCAGGAGGGAGUGGGUGUUGCGCACCUUGCAGAAGCAUGAAGACGACGGAACGGCUAUGGAGGAAGAAUCGGAGGGAACGGGGAGGCUUCCCCCGCGGAGACCAGCUGGCGACAGUAGGAAACGCCGUGGUGGCGCGGGUCGUGGGGGAGCAGCUGCCGCAGCGGAGGAUGAAGACAUGGAAGAGUUCAAGCGAGACUUGGAAGAAGAUGCAGAGCUGCGCAAACAAGUGGCUUUGUACAGAGACCCCCGCAGAGCCACCAAACCGGCCGCCGCAGGGGCAGCGAAAAUACGCAUCAGCGGCGAGAAAAAGCAGAAGCAAAAGCAGCAAGGGCAGAAGAGACGGGAGGCCAAUAAGGCGAGACGACUGGCGGAAGCACAGCAGAAGGCGCAACGCAAUAAAGAGCAAGCAGAGGGCAGCGACAGCAGUUGCCACUCAGAGACCGAUGACGACCAGGAGGACGAGGCAGAUGCAGGACCAGUAGUGGACCUUAGUGAACUGCUAGAGGGCCUCACCCUUGAGGAUCUUCAGCCCCUCCUCAAUCCUCAAUACGCCCAGAAGCAGCAGCAGCAAGAGCAGCAGCAGGAGCAGCAGCAGCUGGACGUUCCUGGUGCAUUAGCAGGCAAGGCUGGUGGGGGAUUCCAGUCCCUGCGUACCUCGUCCGGCCUUUCAACGCAGGAUUGGGGGAAAUCUGCAGGCCGAGAGGCAGGAGCAACACGAACCUCUGGAGCGGACGGUCCCUGA